AAUCGGUUAUGUCUAUUAGACGCAUUUCUAUGACAUUUAUUUUUACCUACCUUGUAAACAACUGCCAAAUCUGUAUCCACCUACCUACUUACCUAGGUACCUAUAGUAUUAUAGGAAGCAACUUACCUCUAUAUAUCGAGAUAUGUUCAUUUACCAGGCUUCUAGACCCAAGCCACCAAGCAUCAAGCCUCUGCCCUCUUUCCACCGGUCUGCUUCGAGCAAGAUUCAACACACCAAUGACACAUCUUCGACCCGUUUUCCAGCCGGUUAAAGCUACACCCACACGGGCAACUACAGGGGAAAAGCGCCCUGCACUUCCCACACCUACUAUGGUUGCAACUGUCACAAAGCAUCGCAUUAGCCAGGGACCGGUUCUCGCCCCCGCACCGGUGACACUUCCAGCUGAGCAUCGGGACGCGCCUAUUAUUCCGCGCCGGGUCCGACGAGCAGCUGCCCCUCGCACACGCGUCGCAGAGCGCCCUGCCUGCCCUCCCCAGCGCGAGCUCGCCGCACCGAUGCCCCGCGCACGCGCACAUGUCCCACACGCGGGUCUCCCGGCCCCGGAGUCCGCGGCACCGCGCGCACCGCCACCCGACCUGCUUCGGGGCGCCGCACGCGCCGCACUGGAACGGCUUCGUCAGGCACGGGUGCCCGCACGUGUCCUCGAGGUCCGGGGCGGCGUCUAUGCGCGUGUACGAGGAGCACGCGGAAGGCGGCCCGCGCUUCAGGAGGUUCUUGGCGGUGGCUUUGCGGCAGUACAGCCAUGUCGACUUUUGGUGCCCGCAGGGGUACACGGAGCGCUGCUCGACGCAGCCGCAGAUUUUCAUCGUGGUGGUGCCACCAUGGACAUGUCGCAGCAAAUCUACGAGCACGAGGAGAUGUCCAUCUCGGUGGGCGACCUCUCCUCCGCCCUGCCCGGUUUCAACGUCCACGCCCCCAGGGCCUGGCGCUGCUGCCGGUACAGCUGCCGCGCGGUCAACCCGAUGUCGGCGCUCAAGUGCGAAGAGUGCGAUCACCGGAGAUGCAAGGACUGCGCGCUGGACAGCACCGAGUCGGAGUGGGAUGCUCCUAAGUAG